AAAUGGCGGCCGUACAAGGUGGCCUGGUAGAUGCAAGCGAAGAAAAAGACAUAAAAACAGAACCAUCAAGCGAUGGCUGUGGAAAUAAUGAUACAAACGACGCGAGACCGCUCUCUACGUCCCCCGGAUCCAAUGCGCCGGGUGGAAAUGCCAAGACCUCGUCAGGAUCCACGGAGGAACAGCAGACCCUACUUGCUGUGUUACAAUUCCUCAAAAAGAACAAUCUCACCGAGUCUGUCGAAAUUUUGCGUCGUGAAGCGGGUUUACCGGAGGAUUCACUGGAUCUGAAAGGCUCUGACUCCUCCGGGGCCAGCUCCGGUGGCUCUGCCGGUGGUGUGGACGGAGUCGGAGUGGAUGCGAGCGCUCUCCUAAGCCGGGUGACCGUCUCAUCGUCCGCCGGAGUCCAGGCGCCAAUGAAAACCUCAGGGGAAGAUCAGCCAGAUGUCAAUGUGGUCCUAUCUGCUUAUAGUCAACAAGGAGACCCAGCUUUGUAUGAGACUUACUACAGCGGCCUGAAGAGGUUCAUAGAAACAGUUUUGGACUGUCACAGAGCAGAGCUGUCCCAGGUCUUCUACCCACUCUUUGUCCACAUGUAUUUGGAACUGGUGUACAAUAAUCAUGAAAAUGAGGCCAAGUCUUUCUUUGAAAAGUUCAGUGGUGAUCAAGAGUGUUACUAUGAAGAAGACCUUCGUGUUUUGUCCAGCUUGACCAAGAAGGAGCACAUGAGAGGUAAUGAAACUCUGCUGGACUUCCGAACCAGCAAGUUUGUCCUACGUAUCUCACGUGACUCUUACCAGCUGCUGAAGAGGCACCUGCAGGAACGUCAGAACAACCAGAUCUGGAACAUCAUACAAGAACACCUUUACAUUGACAUCUUUGAUGGCAUGCCGCGCAGCAAAAGCCAAAUUGAUGCCAUGUCUGGAAGCUUGGCUGGAGAGGCCAAAAGAGAUGCUAAUAAGUCGAAGGUUUACUAUGGAUUGCUGAAGGAACCAGAAAUAGAGCUUCCGCUUGAUGAUGAAGAUGAGGAAGCAGAGAAUGAAGAGGGUAAACCCAAGAAGAAGAAACCCAAAAAAGACAGCAUGGGAUCCAAAAGCAAGAAACAGGAUCCCAACGCACCUUCACAGACUAGGAUACCACUUCCUGAACUAAAAGAUUCAGAUAAGCUGGAUAAAAUCAUGUACAUGAAGGAGGCCACCAAAAGGAUCCGUCUGGGACCUGAAACACUCCCUUCUAUCUGCUUCUACUCUUUUCUUAAUGCAUACCAGGGGCUGACUGCAGUGGACUUAACAGAUGACUCCAGCCUGAUUGCUGGAGGCUUUGCUGACUCCACAGUACGGGUGUGGUGUGUCACGCCGAAAAAGCUCCGCAAGGUCAAAUCUGCAGCAGACUUGAAUCUGAUCGACAAAGAGUCAGAUGACGUGCUGGAGAGGAUCAUGGAUGAGAAGACCGCUAGUGAAUCGAAGAUCCUGUAUGGGCACAGUGGCCCAGUGUAUGGCAUCAGCUUCAGCCCCGACAGAAACUACCUUUUGUCAAGUUCUGAAGAUGGCACAGUCCGACUGUGGAGCCUACAAACAUUUACAUGUCUGGUGGGCUACAAAGGGCACAAUUAUCCCGUGUGGGACACUCAGUUCUCUCCACAUGGUUAUUAUUUUGUCUCUGGGGGACAUGACAGAGUUGCCCGUCUUUGGGCUACAGAUCACUAUCAGCCGCUGAGGAUGUUCGCUGGCCACCUAGCUGAUAUCACAUGCACACGCUUCCACCCAAACUCUAAUUAUGUGGCCACAGGAUCAUCUGACCGCACGAUCCGGCUUUGGGAUGUGUUGACUGGGAACUGUGUCCGCAUCUUCACUGGUCACAAGGGUCCCAUACAUGCACUGGCUUUCUCUCCUAAUGGGAAGUUUCUGGCCUCAGGAGCCACUGAUGGCAGAGUUCUUCUGUGGGACAUCGGUCAUGGCCUCAUGAUUGGAGAGUUAAAAGGCCACACAGAUACAAUCUAUGCACUGCGGUUCAGUAGGGACGGCGAGAUCCUGGCUUCAGGCUCCAUGGACAACACUGUUCGCUUAUGGGAUUCAAUGAAAGCAUUUGACGAUUUAGAGACUGAUGACUUCACAGCCGCCACAGGACACAUUCACCUACAAGAUAACUCCCAGGAACUUCUGCUAGGCACCUACAUGAGCAAAUCCACACCUGUCAUUCACCUUCACUUCACCCGAAGGAACCUGCUGCUGGCUGCAGGGGCUUAUAAUCCAUGAGACUGUUAAAUUAUUUUCUAAAGGAGCAUGUGAAAUUAAGCUACUUUCAGGUCCCCUGAGCUCCACAAGUAACUCAAAGAUGUUUGUGGUGUUGUGGGAUUAAAGCAACUAUAUGAACAGUUCACAUCUGUGAGCAUCUAGCUGUGAAUAAAGAUGUAAACUUAGGUUUCUCCUGUUGUGUCAGCACAGGUCCUAAAAGCAAGCUGAAUAGAUAUCCCAUUGUCUGAAAGAAGUGCCAUUGUUGAAGACUUUUUUUUUUUUUUAAAUUCACUGCCAUGAGUAACGCUCAACACAUGGCUGACAUUUCUGUAUACUAAUCUUUUAUACUGGUCUACACUGUAAAUAAAAAAAAAAGUUUUCU